GACGAUGUUUGCCCUCUUGGUGGUGAUGACUACGUGGGCCAUGACCGAUGCAGGCAAUUGCACUACGUGGAGGAAGGGACCAGAAGGUGGCUGCUUCAUGGUUUUGUUCAAAAAGAGGGUGCCGGAGCACUCAAGUACGGCUCCACAAGCGUGUCUCCACCAGUUUGGCUGGGUCUGAUUAAAAACGGCAAGACCUCGUCGUGGAAAUGGACUGACGGAACCAACCUUGAUUACUUCGAAUGCAGAGAUUUACCCAAAGUUGCUGAGAGUGGAGUGAGAGUCCGAAAAAGGCCAGCGUGUCUCACCGAGACGAUUCAUAUAGAAAAGACCGUUCGUGUAAACUCAUCAGAUCAGACUCAAUUUUGCGCGGAGCCCACGUCGUUUAUCGAAGCUGAACGCUACUGUCGCCGUGAACAAGCACAUCUCACUUCGAUUCACAAUAUCAAGGAGAACACUUUCGUACUCAACAUUGCUAGAAAAUAUCGCAAUCAUGCGAUGAAAAACGGCAGAAACAAUGUGCCAACAUCGGUUUGGCUAGGCCUGGUAAUGGCUGACUACGUUUGGCAAUGGACCGACCACAGCGUGAUUGACUACUUCGAGUGUCCUCAGUGUGAAACGGCACAGCUGAGAAGGGCGCAGCCAGAGAAAAAGAACUCAACAGAACACUACUGCGCCAAUAUGGAGACGAACCGUCGUGCUACUGCACGCAUGUGGGUUAAAAAGUUGUGCACCCAAAAGGCAGCCUUCGUAUGCCGAAAGGACGACUGUUGA